AUGUCCAACAUCAAUGUAUCCAAGAAGACAAGAUUGUCUGAUUUAAUAAAUUACACAGUUAAAGUGAUAACAUUAGACUCUAGACAAUUCAUAGGUGAAUUAUUAUCAUUUGAUAAACAUUAUAACUUAGUCCUUGCAGAUACAGAAGAGUAUAGACUUACGAAAAAAUCAGUAUUAUCAUUAAAAGAUCGUGCAAGAAAUAAAUCUGAAGAAUCAGAAUCAAAUUUAAUUCAAGAACAAAAAAGAACAAUUGGUUUAAUUAUACUUAGAGGUGAACAUGUGAUAUCUGUUACCAUAGAAGCUCCACCAACAAACCAAAAGGCAAGAGUUGCUGCCAAACAAGGCUCUGGUGUUAUAAAACCAUUGAAAACUAAUAAUACAACAACAAAACCUUCAGGUCAAAGUUUAACAGCUCCUGUACGUACUCAAAACAAUCCAGGUUUUGCAGGUGCUCCAAAAGGUUUCAAUCCACCUCCUGGUUUCAAAAGAUAA